AUGUCUUUCCAAAAUGUCUUCGAGGAGAGAGUGAACGAUCAGAUGCACGACGACGCCCGGCCGGGCCGCGCGCCACCCGAAGCAGAAGAUGUCGAGAUGGACAUGAAAAAAGGUCGGCCCUUUUCGCAGAUGUCAUCUCAGGAUGUCCCAGGCCACGCCAAGAAAGACCAUCCUCCUCCUCCUCGCUUCUCGACUCUAUUCGGCUCGGCUCCUGCUCCUGCUCCUGUUCCUGCGUCACCGCCCACCCCUCGCCCAUAUGUACGAGAAUACUAUCCCGGCCCCGAGCGGCGCCGAGGAGUCACCAUUCCCAUGCCGCUCUUCGUCGUCUUUGCCGCUAUCCUCUUCUUCGAGAGCACCCUUCUUUUCGCAUACACCGUCCUUGGUCUCUACAACAACGCGCCGGCUCGCCUCUUUCCGUGGGCAGGGCAGGGGGGACACGACGUCGCCGCGGCGUGCAACUGCGGCAACAGAGAAGCCGGCGUCAACUUUGCCCCGAAUUUCAUCAUGCCGCAGGGGGCUUCGGCUGCCACUGCCACUGCCAUCGUCACGGUCACGGCCACGGCCACGGCCACGGCCACUGUUGAGCCAUCCAAAAUCUUCUCAUCGAGCAGUUCCAGUAGUGCCUCGUCGACCUCUUCGAGCAGCACAAGCGUGACCACGAGCUCUGCCUCUACAUCAACCUCGACGGACGCUGCCGCCGCCGCGUCGCAAGUCGCUGGAAUCCUGGGUGGGAUUGCUACUACAUCGGAAACCGCUGGCACCGCGACAGCCACCACGGAGAGUGCCCAACGGAGCACCGCGACCAGUGUGAAGCUCAUCACGGUCACUCCUCCCGCCCCUUCAUCGAGUCCUCUCCCCACCGUCACCGCGACGACCUGGGUCGAUCCUGGAUCAUCUUCUUCAUCAUAUUCAUCAGCAUCUUCUCCAUCAUCUUCUCCAUCAUCUUCUCCAUCAUCUUCUUCAGCAUCUUCUUCGUCAUCUUCUUCGACAUCGGACUCCAGCGACGCCGGUAAGGGUUCAACUUAA